AGGACGCUGCUAAAGAGGAAUGCAGGGAAUGAAUGCUGCUUGCUGCUUAAGAAGGGAUCCACAGUGCCCCUGACGUCCAAGUCGAGGAAGUCCGAAGUUUAGUUUUCGGCUGGGUUACUUGUUUGAUUCACAUAUUUCUUUCAGAUCUCGACUACGGUAGGCCGACUCACGAUGUCCGGCGAUCAUCAUAAUGACAAGGAGGCCAUGAGUAUAUACUGUAUAACCCUCAACGGUCCAGCACCAUGGGGAUUCAGACUUCAGGGAGGGAAAGACUUCAGCAUGCCCCUCACGGUGUCCAGGCUGACCCCCGGGGGUAAGGCCGCCCAGGCCGGUGUGGGCGUGGGAGAUUGGGUGGUGUCCAUCGGAGAGACCAAUGCAGAAGACAUGACCCAUGUGGAGGCACAGAACAAGAUCAGAGCAGCAGAGGAGUCUCUCACCCUCACCCUCAGCAAAGCUUUCCAUGCGGGUGGCGAUCAGAAGGAUUCGCUCGCCCCCGCCUCCGUUCAGCCCAAAUACUCCUUCGCCCCCAGCGCCGCUAUCAACAAGAUGGCGCGGCCGUUCACGCCGGGCGGCGGUAACACGGUCAUUAAACCAGUGGCGUACGCCCCUAAAGUUAACACCCCGGCCUCAGCGGCCCCCGCCAGCAUGCUACAGCCACACAACGGUGAGAGGAAGAUGGGGACUCUGGAUGCCUGUCACACAGCCCGCCUGCGAGUCUUGUGUGACAGUCGCCGAGUCUGCAUCGGCAGAACGCCCCGUGCUAUGGAGGAGAAAGAGGAUCAGCCUUUGUAUGACCACCAGAAUUACCAACACGAGAAGCACGGUCUGCGGGUGGAUGGCAUCCCCAUGUUCAUCCCCAACGACCGCAGCAAGAAGAGGCUGAUCGAGGACACUCAGGAUUGGCAGCCCCGCACAGGCACCACCCAGUCCCGCUCCUUCCGCAUGCUGGCCCAGCUCACAGGCACCGACUACAUGCAGGACCCAGACGAUGAGACAAUGAAGAGGGCCAGGGAAAAGUUCCUUACAGAGAUUCAGAGCCCCCGUUACGCCCGUCUGAGGGACUGGCACCACGAAAGGUCCGCACGGGCCCUCAACAUCAAGUCCUGCAUCAAGGCGUCUCGGUCACCUGCUAAGGCCCAGACCCAGACAGCCGACAAACCUGACGCCUCUAAGGCUCCAGUCAACUCUGGUCCUAAGGUGCGUCCUCCGUGGGUGACUGACCCAGGUUUCGCUGACCGUUACGCCCCAGACAAGACCAGUACGGUUCUGACCCAGCACAGGCAGCCGGCCCAGCCUACGCCCAUGCAGAACCGCUCCUCUAUCCUACAGGCAGCUCAGCAGGCACCCGAGGACAGCGGAAGGACCCCUCUCUGUGGAGCCUGCAAAAAGAUCAUUAGGGGCCGGUAUCUGGUGGCGCUUGGUCAGUCCUGGCACCCAGAAGAGUUCCAGUGUUCCCAGUGUAAGGUGUUGUUGGAUGAGGGAGGAUUCUUUGAGGAGAGGGGCUCAGUCUUCUGCACCAAGUGUUAUGAUAACCGCUACGCUCCCAACUGUGCCAAAUGCAAGAAGAUUAUCAUAGGGUGUCUCUGUAUCCCAGGCUGA